AUGUCGACUUCUUCACAUGACCAAACUGGAUUUUAUUUCUAUCCCAUCGAUAGCGAGGUGAUCAAUUGUCUCAAGGAGAAGCUUUUGGGUCGUUUUGAACGUCUUAGACUUCCUGCUGGUCUUAUCCCAGAUACCAUUAAUCCCUACAGUUAUGAUCCUCUCACACUUCCCAAAGGUGAUGAUUUUGAACAUGUUAAGAGAGCAUUUUUCUUUACCAACAAACAAGAGAACCGAACUGUGAAAGAUGGUUUUUGGAGAGCUUCUACUUUGCCAGAGAAGAUAUUCAGUACGGGACAAAUGCUAGGGUUCAAGGAAGAGUUCAAUUUUUUCUGGUCAAUACGAAAUGAGACAAUCAAAACCAACUGGAUUAUGAAUGAGUACAGUGUAAAUCAGGCUAUAUUUUCAGAGGAUGAGCGCAAAGCUAUUGGAAACAAGAUAGGAAGCUAUAUAGUGUGUGAACUUCGUUACGAGUCCGAAUACGAUGACCUUUCUGAUGAUGAUGUUGUUGAUGAUGAUGAUGAAGAUGAUGAUGAUGAUAAAUCAGAAUAGCUAAUUGCAUAAAAAUAGAUCCCGAUGAAGUAAAUAUAGGAAAAACUAAUAUGUUGCCUUGAUCUUUCUCUCUCUCGAACUCCUACCUCUAUAAUAAUGGAUUCCUAUGUAUAAGAGAGAUUUGUCAG